GUGGAGGGGCAGUGCAAUCGGACACCGAACACGGCACAUGUCAGGAUUCAGGAUAAAGACAUGCAACACUAAGGAAAUUGAUCAAUGUAUUCUGCUCUAUGCCCGGCAGAUGUAUUCGCAGGUUCGGAGGGCUCUCGGUGUUGUUUGUUUUUGUGCCUUUCUUCGACCAAACUUCCUCUCGUCCUUGCGAAAUGGCCCAAAAAGGAGCGAAAGAGCGAAGUGCGAAAAGUGACGACAGCCCAUUUGUCCGAACCAGCGAGGCAGCCCACUGCAGCCUCCCGUCGACCGGGGUUGGGCAGGUACAGUAUAGUGUAUGUACUAGAUCUGCAGCCGCUCCCCCUGCCCAAGAUUUAAUUGGCACCGCAAAAAAAGUUUUUAGCCUCUUUAAGCAAGGGAAGCAUCAGCAAAUGUAUAAAUUCAAUCCCCCAAAUCUUCAAUGAAUGCUCGGAAUUAGACCGAGGAAUUACUAGCAGUUGGAUAGCUAUCUAAAGCAAUUAAUUCUAUUUUAUUUUACAACUCUUUAAGUGUAGCCUUGAUGUUAAAUGUGGUGCUG